GGUGCGCUCGCGGCAUGACGCGUCCCUCGUCGUGCACGCCCUCGCGGGAUUCGUAACCCCCGCCUGCCUCCUCGCCUCCGCCUCCAACUCCAGCUCCUUCUAUUUAGGCCCCACCACCACCCCGCGCCACCGUCGUGAUGCCCCCGCGCUCGCUUGCCCGCUCCACCGCCCCCACCCCACGCACCAGCGCCCGCGCCCGGCGGCCAAAAGCCAAUUCGAAUCUCCCCACCGCACCGCCGCGCCUUGCCCUCGCAAUGCGGACCUCCUCCGUCGAGGAGGCGGGCGCGCUGCUGGCGCGGAGCGACUCCGCCGGAGGCCGGCGCCGCCGCUCCGCGUCGCCCGUGCAGUCCGCGUCCCCGAGGCCCGGGACCCUCAGGCGCCAGUCCUCGUCGUUCCGCGAGGACGUCGGCCGCGCCGCCUCCGAGACGUACCUCGUCUCGCGCCUCACCUUCACGCUCCUCCAGUGCCUCGGGAUAGGUUACCGAUGGAUGUCACAACUCCUUGCACUCACAAUCUAUGCAAUUUUACUUAUGCCAGGAUUCAUACAAGUUGGAUAUUACUAUUUCUUUUCAAGCCAAGUUCGUAGAAGUAUAGUCUAUGGAGACCAACCUAGAAACAGGUUGGAUCUAUACAUACCCGAAGACAAUAGUAGACCAUGCCCAGUGGUGGCCUUUGUAACUGGUGGCGCAUGGAUUAUUGGUUACAAGGCCUGGGGUGCUCUUCUUGGACGGCGAUUGGCAGAGAGAGGAAUAAUAGUUGCUUGCAUUGACUACAGAAAUUUUCCCCAAGGUACAAUAGGUGACAUGGUUAGUGAUGCUUCUCAGGGGAUUUCUUUUGUGUGUAACAACAUUGCUGGUUAUGGAGGAGAUCCUAAUCAGAUCUACUUGAUGGGUCAGUCAGCAGGUGCACAUAUUGCAGCAUGUGCACUCAUGGAGCAAGCAGUAAAAGAAUCUGGGGGGCAUCCUGUUUCUUGGAGCGUAACCCAAAUAAAAGCAUAUUUCGGUUUAUCUGGAGGAUACAACAUCCAUAGUUUGGUUGACCAUUUCCAUGAGCGUGGUCUUUAUCGCUCAUUAUUCCUCAGCAUAAUGGAAGGAGAGGAAUCAUUGUCACGUUAUUCCCCUGAAAUUGUUGCCAAGACGUCAAGUGCUGAGACCAUAGGUCUUCUGCCACCUAUUGUUCUUAUGCAUGGGACUGAAGAUUAUUCAAUACCAUCAUCUGCUAGUCAAACUUUUGUCGACAUCCUCCAACAAGCUGGUGCUCAAGCAAAGUUACUAUUGUACGAAGGGAAGACACAUACAGAUAUCUUUUUACAGGACCCUCUUAGGGGCGGAAGGGAUCCAUUGGUUGAAGAUGUAUUGUCUAUUAUUCAUGCUGAUGAUGCAAUUGCACGUCAAAAGGUGGCUUUAGCACCAACUCCAAGGCGCUUGGUUUUUGAGUGGCAAUUAAAGUUGGCCCGCCAAAUUAGUCCAUUCUAGAAGGUUUGGAUACAGAUAUUAUGUUAAAGCCAGAUGUGUGCGGAAUAUCUAGUAUGAAGCACGGCCAAGCUUGCAUCUGUUGGUUUUGUGCCUUCACGAGGAAAGGGCACUCUGGGGCGUUGAUUUUUAUUGGAUCAGUCAAGAAAAGAACUCUCUCCUCAUCUUUCCUUGCAUCUUGGACCAGUAGUGCUCUGUGUGGAACUUGUAGCUGGUACCAAUACGAGAGGAAGAAGCUACAUGAUUGGAAACCACAUGCUCCUCUCUUUUGCAAAGUUGUACAAAAUGCUGUAUAUUGUAUUAUAUUGCACAAAGGCUUGUAACAUUGUUUCUGUAACGUCGUGUAAUACACAAGGAGUCAAGGACAUUAAAUACUAGAACAUUCCUUCAUAGGAAAGGUUGCUAUUGCUCGGGCGAGCUGUUCGAUUGGACUUAGGCAAGGAAAAUCCUUUCCUCGUCCAGGUACCUUUGCCCUGUAGAGCUUUGUGGAAUAGGGAAUGGUAAAGAGGAAUGCAAGAGGAAGAAGCUCCCUGAUCGAAAACCUCAUCCUUUUCUAUUUUUAUUUGUUUAUUUUUCCACGUUGUACAUGGUUGUGUUUGUAUCACUCAAGGGCCUGUAAGCAAGUAUUGUAAAGUAAUGUUUUAGUUUGUGCAAAACAGUAUGUAGAAUAUUACUCUGUGGUUGAUAUAAAACUUUCUUGUACCAAGAUA